CUUCAUUUUGUUAUGACCGCAUGCUGUUUGAUGAAAUUACCGUUAGAAUAGUGGUUAUUAUUUAUUUAUUUUGAUUGCUUUUCCUGAGCAAAUUACCCAAGGUGCUUGUCUGUGGAUUGUAUUCAUUAUUUAAUUGGAAUUUGGUCAAUUGGGUUUGUUUUGAUUCGUAUCUAAAUGGGUGCAAACUGUUUUGAUUGCUUUGCUUUGCUAUUUAGAAAGAGUUAAAUUGAAGAACGAAACGACAAGAUCUUUGAACUGAAAAGAUCUUGUGAAAUCCCAUAUUCAACAUUUGGCAAGGUUUAGGCUGCAUCUGUUGUUUUUUGUACUUAAGCUGUACAUUUCUCCAUCAUUUUCAGAGAAAUGAUCACUGAGAUCACUUUGUUCAAUUUCUACUUUAUAGAAUGAACUCCUGAGAGUUUUAUCUCUCUAUGUGAAUUAAUGCAGAGAAUAGGAGUGUUAAAUAAUGACAGUAUUGAAACGAUAUGUGCUGCGGUUGUUCAUAUCACUGAAGUACAUUACAGCCAAUGUGGUAGAUCGGAACAAUGGAAGAAUUGUUGCAACGGCAUCAACAGUUGAGCAUUCGAUCAAGAACUCGCUCGAGUGCGGUCGGUCUUGCAAUGCAAAGGCCGCCACAGUUGUGGGAGAGGUGUUGGCCAUGCGACUUAGGGUGGAAGGCCUUGAGCAGGGACAAGGAAGAGGGAUUCAUGUUGAUGUGGACAAAGAGAUUGAGAAGAAAGGUUUUAAGAACCGGACCAAGAUUUGGGCUAUUGUCAAUUCACUUAAGAACAACGGAGUUAAACUUGUUCUAGAAGACAAUGAUAAAAAUCCAUCCCGGCCAAGUUUCUAACUCUCUUUUUCAUUUAAGUUUGGCCAUUUUUCCUUUCUCGUGUUUGUAUAUGAGAGAUGAUGAUUAUCCAAUUCGCUAAAAGAUUAUAGAUUCAUAUUCUCAGGAAAAA